AUGCUCAGGUUUUGCAAAAAUGUAUUUGACAGAGACUACAAGGUCACUAUAGGAGUAGACUUUGAAAUUGAGAGGUUUGAAAUAUCUGGAAUACCUGUCUGACUUCAGAUGAAAGUAGUUUGAAAUUUAUUUUUAUACUGGGAUACCGCUGGACAGAAAAAAUUCAUUAUCACAGUCUUUGACAUGGCAGACAUUAAAUCCCUUGAUCACACACGCCAAUAGUUACAGGAGGCCAUUGGAGAAAAUGAGCCCAACUCAUGUUUUAUCUUCUUGGUUGGCCCUAAGAAUGACCUGCUGCCCCUAGAAGAAAGAGAGAGAACAGAGAAAGAUGCCAUUAGACCAGCAACAGAAAUGAAUGUAGAGUUUUGGGCUGUUUCGGCUAAAACAGGGGAGAACGUGCAGGGUUUUUUCUUCAGGGUGGCAGCUUUGUCUCUUGAGAAGUGCAUAUUGAAGGACAUGGAAACUGGGAUCCCUGCUAGCAUCGGACGAGGAGACAGUAUCAGUAAGUCAUGA